AUGAAGUCUUCAACUAUACUCGCCGCCUGCGGCGCUCUCCUGGUCACUGCCAGUCCCAUCCUCCAGGAACGCCGCCUGUUUGUCAAGACGGAUGUCGUUGUUGAAUGGGUUACCGUCACCGUGACUGAGGGAGAUACUUCCACCGUCUUCCGCCGCCCGAACCACGUCAAGCCCACAACGACCACGACCAGCUCCGCUGCGCCUUCCAGCACCUCGCAGGCUCCUCCUCCCCCUCCUCCGCCUUCAUCAUCUUCGUCUCUUGAGCCCGCUGUUCAGCCCACCCCUGAACCGAGUCCGGAGCCAAGCCCGGAGCCAACGCCCGAACCCGCUCCAGUUGCAGCGCCCAUUGUUGAGGCCGCUCAACCUUCGUCCGAAGCUGCCGAGGCGCCUGCUCCCACCGAGCAAGCCCCAGCUGCACAGCCCUCCGACUACCAAAGCACCGCUCUGUACCACCACAACAUCCAUCGUUUCAAUCACUCUGCUGAUGCUCUAACCUGGGACGAUGGCCUUGCCUCCUCCGCCGAGAUCCUCGCCAAGAGAUGCGUCUUUGAGCACGAUACGAGUAUCAAUGGCGGUGGUUACGGCCAGAACCUCGCCAUGUGGGGCUCCAGCGGCGACCCUGAGUCCUUUGGCGCUGCCGGGUCGGUCGCCCGUGCCGCAAGCGAUGGAUGGUACAACAACGAACUCUAUCUUUUCCCACAGGACGACUUUGGCAAGGACACUCCUGACAUGUCCAAUUUCAUGCAAUGGGGCCACUUCUCCCAGCUCGUCUGGAUCAACACCAAGAAGGUUGGGUGUGCCACGCACUUCUGCGCCCCUGACACCCUGUCCAAGCUGGGCUCGUGGUACACCGUCUGCAACUACUCUCCUCCCGGUAACGUGGGCGGCGCGUAUGGCGAGAACGUCAAGCGUCCCCUCGGUCAGCCCCGUGUUGCUGCACCGGCCUAA